GUGUCACAUUAUUCUUUUUUUAUUAUUUUAAUAUUUUUACUACUCCUAUGAAUUUUAACGGCUAUGAUAGAAUGUGAUAAUAUAGGAUAUACUUCAUUUAAUCACUCCAUGCAAUCUAUUGACAGAAACAACACAUUAUUCCUUGCACUCUCAAUCUAUCUUAAUCUUGUACUGAUAUGCAUCUGACGUCACUUUCCGGCGACAUUCUCGCCUGUAUUUUCCUUCAUUUGUUUCUAUUCCUCUGUUUUUCCGGCAAUGUUGCACCAGAUAAACCUACUGAGUUUGACUUUGGAACUGUCACUCUCACUAGCUUGAAGCUUCUGGGUGAUGCUCAUUGGACCAACGGGAGCGUGAGGCUCACUCGCGAUCUCGGCGUCCCAAAUUCCGGCGCCGGGAAAGUCCUGUACUGUAAACCUAUUCGAUUCCGGUCACAAGAAACUCACAUUCCGGCGAGCUUCACUACCUAUUUCACAUUCUCGGUGUCUAACCUUAACCCAGAUUCCAUUGGUGGUGGGCUCGCGUUCGUUAUCUCGCCGGACGAUGACACUGUCGGAGACGCCGGAGGAUAUAUCGGAAUAAUGGCCGGCGCCGGAAGUCCAAAAUCAGUGAUAGCAGUCGAAUUCGAUACGCUAAUGGACGUAGAAUUCAAAGAUAUUAACGGAAAUCACGUGGGUUUGGAUCUAAAUUCAAUAAUUUCAUCUCAAGUAGGUGAUUUAGACUCGAUUGAAGUUGAUCUCAAGAGUGGAGACCUGGUUAACUCGUGGAUCGACUACUCCGCGUCAACUCAGUUGCUCAACGUAUCCGUUUCGUACUCAAAUGUCAAGCCCAAAGAGCCCAUUUUGUCUUAUAGUAUUGAUCUUGAUCAAUAUGUAAAUGAUUUUAUGUUUGUGGGCUUCACCGGGUCAACUCAGGGGAGUACUGAAAUUCACAGCAUUGGAUGGUGGAGCUUUAGCUCAUCUUUUGACCCGAAUGUGAAAAACGGGUCGUUAUCUGCCUCGGUGACUGCGCCGCCUCCUCCAACGGCUACUUUGAUGAAUCCAACGGCUAAUUCAAUCCAACCCGGGCCGUCAUUAGCACCCACUGAGUCUAGUAAUAGUAAUGUGGCACAUGAUUCAGACAAGAGUAACAAAAAGUGUCAUAACAGGUUGUGUAAGGAAAGUGCUGGGGCUUUAGUUGGGGUUUUUACUGCUGGGGCAUUUGUGUUGGCUUUGUUUGCUCUUGUUUUGAUUUGGGGCUAUUCGAAAAAAUUCAAGCGUGUAAAAAAAUCCGAGUCUUUGGCGUCGUAUUAUAUCAAAAUGCCUAAAGCGUUUAGCUAUAAGCAGCUUAAGCUGGCGACUAAAUGUUUUGAUUCUACGCGAAUUAUUGGGCAUGGUGCUUUUGGAGAUGUUUAUAAGGGCAUUUUUGCGGAGUCUGGAGACGUUGUGGCGGUGAAGAGGUGUAAUCAUAGCGGUCAAGGAAAUGAGGAGUUCUUUUCGGAAUUGUCCAUGUUUGGAACACUUAGGCAUAGGAAUCUUGUUAGGCUUCAAGGUUGGUGCCACGAGAAAGGUGAGAUUUUGUUAGUUUAUGAUUAUAUGGCUAAUGGGAGUCUUGACAAGGCAUUGUAUGAAUCCAAAGCUACAUUGCAAUGGGCUCACAGGCGAAAGAUAUUGCUAGGAGUUGCGUCUGCAUUAGCGUAUUUGCAUCAAGAAUGUGAAAAUCAGGUGAUUCAUAGGGAUGUGAAGACUAGUAAUAUAAUGCUGGAUGAAGCGUUCAAUGCUAAGUUAGGUGAUUUUGGUUUAGCGAGGCAAACUGAGCAUGAUAAGUCUCCGGAUGCUACUGUGGCUGCAGGAACAAUGGGGUACUUAGCUCCCGAAUACUUGCUAACAGGAAGAGCAAAUGAGAAAACCGAUGUGUUCAGUUUUGGGGCCGUGGUGCUUGAGGUUGCUACCGGGAGGAGACCUAUCGAACGACCCCUUACUGGAAUGGGUAAAGCCGGAACCAGCAGCAACUUAGUGGAAUGGGUUUGGGGAUUACAUCGAGAGAGUAGGCUACUAGCUGCAGCUGAUCCAAGGCUUUGCGGAGAGUUUGAAGAGAGUGAAAUGAGGAAGGUUUUGUUGGUUGGAUUGGCUUGUUCUCACCCUGAUCCAAUGGCUAGACCAACAAUGAGGGGUGUGGUACAAAUGCUGGUGGGGGAAUCACAAGUCCCGACUGUGCCGAGAUCUAGGCCUUCAAUGAGUUUCAGCACUUCUCAUUUGCUGCUGAAUUUGCAAGACAGUGUGUCUGAUUUGAAUGAAAUGAUCACAGUGUGCACCUCUUCCUCGUCCGAAUGCAGCUAUAAUCAUGGUUCUACUAGUGGUGUUGUAAACCUGGUCUGAUUAGCAUUUAGUUGUUAUAACUUGUAUUUUUAUUCAUUCAUUCAUUCAAUGUACUCUAUUCUACUAAACCAAGUAAGAGUAUUACUAUCA